UCGAAGAAGCUCCCCUCCUACGCCACCACCUCUCUCUCCGCUUCACCAACCCAUUGACGCCGCAAACGGGCAUCCUCGAUCUGCUACGAUCACAAUGCCCGUCUCGAUUGCGCGUCUUGCCGGCCACACGGCGAAACGGCUGUGCCAGACGCCCCGAACGACCCAGUUUGCUAGGGUAGCUUCACGAACACCCUUCGCGCGAUGCUUGUCGACGACUCGUUCUCGUCACUAUGCCGACGUUGAAGACCAUCAGAAAAUGCGCAUUAUUGCGACCGAUUCGAAUUUCGCCCAUCCUGUCAAUGCCGAAGACCCCCAGCAUCUCAACGAGGCCGAGGACGACGGUACCCACCCGGAGAACAGGAAAAUUAGACAUUACACUGUGAACUUUGGUCCUCAGCAUCCUGCUGCUCACGGUGUGUUGCGUUUGAUUCUGGAGCUCAAUGGCGAGGAAAUCGUGCGAGCCGAUCCCCACGUCGGAUUGCUACACCGAGGAACCGAAAAACUCAUCGAGUACCGAACAUAUCUUCAGGCCCUUCCAUACUUUGAUCGUUUGGAUUACGUCUCUAUGAUGACCAAUGAGCAGUGCUUCUCCCUUGCUGUUGAGAAACUUCUGAACAUUGAGAUCCCAGAGCGCGCAAAGUACAUCCGAACAAUGUUUGGCGAGAUUACCAGGAUUCUGAACCAUCUUAUGUCGGUCCUCUCCCAUGCUAUGGAUGUCGGCGCUUUGACACCUUUCUUGUGGGGUUUCGAAGAGCGUGAGAAGCUCAUGGAAUUCUACGAACGUGUAUCCGGUGCCCGUCUUCACGCUGCCUAUGUCCGACCCGGAGGUGUUAGCCAGGAUAUCCCCAUUGGUCUUCUCGACGAUAUUUACCAAUGGGCUACUCAAUUCGGUGACCGCAUCGACGAAACCGAAGAGAUGUUGACUGAUAACCGUAUUUGGAUUGGCCGUACCAAGGGCGUUGGUGUCGUUUCCGCUGCCGAUGCCAUCAAUUACUCCUUCUCCGGAGUUAUGCUUCGUGGUUCUGGUGUACCUUGGGAUAUCCGAAAGUCACAGCCAUACGACGCGUAUGACAAAGUCGAGUUCGACGUCCCCGUUGGUGUCAACGGUGACUGCUACGACCGAUACCUCUGCCGUAUGGAGGAGUUCCGUCAAUCCCUUCGGAUUAUUCACCAAUGUCUCAACCAAAUGCCUGCCGGUCCUAUCAAGGUCGAGGAUUACAAGAUUGCACCACCCCCACGUGCAGCCAUGAAGGAGAACAUGGAGGCCCUCAUUCACCACUUCUUGCUUUUCAGCAAGGGUUACAGUGUUCCUCCAGGUGAGACCUACAGUGCCAUUGAGGCACCCAAGGGAGAGAUGGGUGUUUUCCUUGUUUCAGACGGUAGCGAGAGGCCAUACAGGUGCAAGAUCAGGGCACCCGGAUUCGCUCAUUUGGCAUGCAUGGAUCAGAUCUCGAGAGGACAUUUGCUUGCUGACGCAGUAGCAAUUAUUGGAACUAUGGAUUUGGUGUUCGGUGAGGUGGACAGGUAGUAGUCUCGAAUCGAGAAAAUGGAAUCUUUCGCGAAUGGUGAUAUAAGGGUGCUGGCUGAAAAGGAGCCCGCUGUACAUAUUGUACCUUACAAUUUCUUUUAAAGAGUCAAUCUACGUUGCACGUUC